GCGGACGCCCCGUACGCGCCGAACGACUUGUCCUAUCUCUCUCUCUCUCUUUCUCUUUCUCUCUCUCUUUCUCUCUUUCUCUCUUUCUCUCUCUGACUCGCGCGCGCGCGCUUUAUUUCUUUCUCUACCUCUGAGUGUGGGCCCUUCGAGACUCGUCCGCAACUCGACUCGGCUCCUCUACGCCACGCCACGAAGAGACACCGAAUAGACGCGACCCGGACGCCGUCGAACGGAUCGCUUGCCUCACAAAUUUUCGCGAAAAAGGAUCUGGCAGACCACUGAAAAGCAACUGUUACCGCCUCGUCAGGUAGACGAGCGAAUAUUGAGGAGAGGGAGGUAAGGAGGAGGAGGAGUAGGAGGAGGCCCUCCACGAUGCGGCCCUUGGCCGCCAAUUUGGAUGGGCCUAGCCCUGGCGUAUUGCGAAUCGCCUACGUCCUUGUCCUACUCGUCGCUGUGAAAAUAUCUGCGACCAAAGCUACGAUUUGUAAGGACAACUACAAAUGCAAUUGUACCGGUAUAAAAGGACAAUAUGGUUUUCCUGGAAUACCUGGACAGCAAGGGCUAGAGGGUCUUCCGGGUGAAAUCGGACCGGAUGGACCUCCUGGACCUAAAGGUGAGAAAGGCGCAGGCGGUGAAUAUGGCGGUACCGGAGAAAAAGGCUAUCGAGGCGAAUCUGGUAUACGCGGAUUCACUGGAUCUCCUGGACUUUCCGGUAACACUGGAGUUCCUGGUGUUAUGGGACCAGACGGUCUUGAUGGAUGCAACGGCACAGAUGGUCGUGCCGGUGCACCAGGUAUGCCUGGAGUUUAUGGUGAACGAGGAGGAGAAGGAGAAGUGGGAGAUUAUGGUCCUCCUGGUGAACCUGGCGAAGGUGGAAUCAAUUCGGUCGGUGUGAAGGGAGACCAAGGUGAUUCUGGUAACAAUGGACCACAGGGUUAUCCAGGAUCGUACGGCAUUCCAGGAGAUAUGGGUUAUCCAGGAGAGACCGGUGACUUUGGCUAUCCAGGUGGUCCAGGUCUACCAGGUAUGGGAGGUGAUCGUGGAGAGGCCGUUUAUGGUGUAAAAGGAGUACCUGGUGAACAAGGUGAUAGGGGUGAACCAGGUUCGAGUAAUGAACAGUACAAAAAAAAAGUGAAUUCUAGCCACGUGAAAGGUGUUAAAGGUUGGAAAGGACAACGAGGAGAUCAUGGAUAUCGCGGACGCAAAGGAGAAGUAGGAGCAAAAGGACCGCAGGGUCGGCCAGGUUUCGCUGGAAUAAAAGGUAUAAAAGGCGAACGAGGGGAUGACGGUCCAAGAGGAAAACAAGGUUUCGAAGGACCAGCCGGACCUGCCGGAAAUAAAGGAGAAAAAGGGGCUCCGGGUUAUGCGGGACAACCUGGAACGGACGGUCCCGAUGGAGAAUCUGGUGAAAUUGGUAAUCAAGGUCCUCCAGGAAAACAAGGAGCUGCUGGCGAACCAGGAACGUAUAUACCUGAACUCGACGAAAUAAUCGCUGGAAGUAUUGGAAUUCAGGGAGAUCUUGGACCACCCGGUGAUCCUGGUGAAUCAGGAACUCCUGGACUUCCUGGAAAAGUUGGAUACAUCGGUUCUCCAGGACCUCCAGGACCUUCUGGACCACCUGGUGAACCAGGACAGAAAGGUUCUUCCAUCAAAGGAGAACAAGGAGAUGACGGACUUCCUGGUACGAUCGGACCACAAGGACAAUCCGGUCUUCCCGGUCAAUCUGGAUUCAUUGGUGCGAAAGGAUUUCCAGGUGUAACAAUUAUAGGUCCCUCAGGUCCUGACGGUAAAUCAGGGUUAUCGGGACUAACUGGUCCACCAGGAGAUCGUGGUGAUCCUGGACCACCUGGAGAGAAAGGCUUUCCUGGAAAAGGAGUUCAAAUCAGAGGACCACCCGGAGAACACGGUUUACCGGGAUCUCCAGGAAUGCCUGGUCCAGAUGGAUGGCCAGGUAGACCUGGUCCUAAGGGCGUUAAAGGUUUCCGUGGAGAUGAUUGUGGUAUAUGUACGCCAGGAUUACCCGGUGGAAAAGGUGAACGCGGUGAUUCUGGUGUGAGCGGAUACCCAGGAACUCCUGGAUUUCCUGGAUUACCCGGAUCUCGUGGAUUUAAAGGUAAACAAGGUAAAGCUGGCCCAGUAGGUCCACGAGGAUUAGAGGGGGACAGUGGAAGGCCAGGUAUUGCAGGACCGCAAGGUCCUAAAGGAGAACCAGGAAAGGUCUUCUUACCGCCGGAAGAGCAUCAUAUCAGUCCACCCGGGGAUAUUGGUGAUAUGGGGCUCCCUGGGCCGGAAGGUAUUAUGGGACCGUGGGGUAAAGUUGGCCAAAUUGGAGAUACAGGAGCACCUGGACCGAAAGGAGAAAAGGGCGAUCACGGUGCUCCCGGAUUUCCUGGUCGUAAUGGAACACAUGGAUGGGAUGGUAUACCUGGUGAAAAAGGUGAACCGGCAUCCGUGCCAAUAACAUUUUUACGUGGUGAUCCAGGAUAUGAUGGCAUGUUGGGUGUAAAAGGUAUUAAAGGAGAAUCUGGUAAAAAGGGAGAACCUGGAGAUGCUUCACAGUUUUCGAUCGAGAAACAGGGAGACAAAGGAUAUAAAGGCGAACGUGGUGCUCCUGGCGAAACUGGCUUCAAAGGUUAUCAAGGACAAAGCGGCGAUGAAGGUUACCCUGGUAAGCCAGGGCCUGUAGGAUCUCCUGGUUUAUCGCUUCAAGGACCAAUAGGUUUGAAAGGAUAUCCAGGAAUGCCAGGACUUCAAGGACCCCGUGGCCCAGCUGGUACUCCUGGAUCUCAAGGACCAGUCGGUUUUGCUGGUCGUCCUGGCAAUAAAGGAGAUCGUGGUGAUCCUGGCACGAAUAUUUUUUACGGUGAAAUAGGUGAACCUGGUCCGUACGGAGAUAAAGGUGAAAUCGGAGAUCCUGGACCACAAGGUUUCCGUGGCCGACCAGGGAUAGAUGGAUCGAAAGGUAUGAAAGGUGGAAAAGGAGCUCCUGGUUUCGAGGGUUUGCCUGGUCUUCAGGGCGGUAAAGGUCAACGAGGAUAUACUGCACAAGGCAAAAGAGGUUUUCCAGGAAUUACAGGACAACCUGGAAUGCCUGGAAGAAUAGGUGAUGUAGGAAUUCGUGGACCCGAUGGCCUGUCAGGAUUCGACGGCAUGAAAGGAUUAAAAGGAGAAAUUGGUUUCGUUGGACGCCGUGGCGACGAUGGAGACAGCGGUCCUCAGGGUUUCCAUGGUUUAGAUGGAAGUAUAGGUUUACCUGGCCGUCCAGGUGCGGAAGGUGAUGUUGGGGACAUUGGUGAUUCUGGACCACCUGGUUGGCUUGGUCUCGAUGGAAUCGAUGGUGCACUAGGUGCAAAAGGAGAAAAAGGAAAUAUAGGUAUCACUGGUAAACCGGGUUAUCCUGGCCCAGUAGGUCUCAAAGGUAUCGAAGGAGAUAUUGGACCGGACGGAGUACCUGGUCUAUCAGGCGACAAUUCGUUCAGUGGUCCACAAGGUGAUAUGGGAGAUCCCGGCUUCACCGGAGAGAUGGGACCUGCGGGACGCUCUGGAUUUGAUGGUCGACCUGGUUUAUCAGGAGAACCUGGCUUAGCUACGGAUGGAUUAAAUGGUUUAACCGGAGAAAAAGGAGAACCAGGAUUCAAUGGAUUUAAUGGACCACCUGGCCCGAAAGGAGAAAUAGGUGACAUGGGACCGGAUGGAUUUAAGGGAGAAAGAGGAGACCAAGGUUUUAAGGGACCACCUGGCUAUCCUGGUAUUCACGGUAGAUACGGGGAUAAAGGUCAACGUGGUCUAAUAGGACCACCUGGUUUCGAUGGUCUAGAUGGAAAGCAAGGUCCCGAUGGUGAUCCUGGUAUAAUGGGUCGCCCAGGUAUGCCUGGAGAUGAUGGCUUGCAAGGUUAUCCAGGUAUUAUGGGUGCACCAGGUAGCAAAGGUCAAGUAGGAGAACCUGGAAUGCCAUCGUAUGCGAUAGCAGAAAUAGGUGAUCAAGGAAAUCCGGGAUUAAAUGGCUUAACAGGCCAGAAAGGAGAACCAGGUGCUCAAGGAUAUCUCGGAAUACCGGGUCGUAAAGGCCAACAAGGUGAUAUAGGAUAUCCAGGACAAGAUGGUUUCCCAGGCUUCCCAGGGCUAAAAGGAAUAGUAGGCGAUCAAGGUUAUGCUGGUCUCGACGGUUUAACUGAGAACUCAGCCGAGCAUGGUGAAACAGGACGUGCUGGUCUUGAUGGAAUGCCUGGAAUUCCUGGUCGGCCAGGACAAAAAGGUGCUCCUGGGGAAUAUGGACUAAACGGUCCUAAAGGGAUUCGUGGAGACGUCGGAUAUUCGCUUCAUGGGCCUAAGGGAAUAAUGGGAAAUCAAGGUCACACAGGAUACGUAGGUUUCCCUGGUUCACCCGGUUCCCAGGGAUUAUCUGGUUUCCCAGGUAUACCUGGUCCCAAAGGUUACGUCGGUGAACCAGGUAUAUCUGCUAGUAGUGCAAAGGGUGAAAAAGGUGAACCUGGUUGGAGAGGAUUGGACGGUCGAUCAGGACCGAAAGGAGCGAGAGGCGAUGCAGGAUUAUCCGGUUUCCAAGGCUUGCCUGGACCUAAAGGAGAAAGAGGAGAUGAUGGUGAACCAGGAUUACCAGGAUUGCCUGGUCCUCCAGGACCACAGGGUCCGAAAGGAGAUCGGGGUAUAAAUCCAUUUUCAACCUUCUCUGGACGUGGACCACCCGGAGAUGUAGGACCUCCAGGAUUGCCGGGCUUCCCCGGAACCCGAGGUCCAAUAGGCGAACCAGGUAAAGACGGAUUCCCUGGUCGAGAAGGAGAACGCGGUAUGAUCGGAUUAACUGGACCACAAGGGCCUGUUGGUAAAGAAGGUCCAAUUGGUUAUCCUGGCUCGCCUGGCACGGUUGGUAGGCAAGGUCUUACCGGAAAUGCCGGUCUCCCAGGCAUACCAGCGACAGCACCUCCUGGUCCUAGUAACAGAGGAUUCCACUUUGCUAAACAUUCUCAAUCCGAAAUGAUUCCACUUUGUCCAAAGAAUACAGUAAAAUUAUGGGACGGAUUCUCUUUACUUCAUAUUAUGGGCAAUGGCCGAGCUUACGCACAAGAUCUUGGUACUGCAGGAAGUUGUAUUAGAAAGUUUUCAACGAUGCCUUUCAUGUUCUGUAACAUGAACAAUGUUUGCGAUUAUGCCAAUCGUAACGAUUAUAGUUAUUGGCUCAGUACCACCGAACCCAUGCCAAUGAUGAUGACACCUAUACCAGCUCCGGAGGUCGGUAGAUACAUAUCAAGAUGUUCAGUUUGCGAGGCUCCAACGAGGAUCAUUGCUGUACAUAGUCAAUCUAUGGAUAUACCAGAGUGCCCUGGUGGUUGGGAAGAAUUAUGGAUUGGAUACAGUUUUCUUAUGCACAGGGACGCUGGAGCAGACGGUGGUGGUCAGUCAUUGAUCUCGCCAGGAUCAUGUUUAGAAGAAUUUCGUGCUAGACCAUUUAUCGAGUGCCGCGGCUUAGGUACCUGCAAUUACUUCUCCACGGCGACUUCCUACUGGUUGGCGACUAUUAAAGACUACGAAAUGUUCCGAAAGCCUUUGCAGCAAACACUAAAAACCGAUCAUACGUCGAGAGUCAGUCGUUGUGCCGUCUGCCUUCGACGUCGUAUUACCGAAGAUCGGUUUGGCAGACCAGAAGUAGGUAACAUACACCUUAGGCCGAAAAAUUAUCCACAGUCACGUUACCCUUCGGAUUAUUCACGGCAGAGAGUACCACUUGGUAGAAGUAAAAAUCCAAAUAGACAUGUACCAUAUCACUAUCGAAAAAGAGGUCGCCUUCGUAAAGUCGAACGAACCGAGGUACCGAACCUUUAGACGAGUUUCCAAAUUACGAAUAAAAAAGUGAUACGUAGGACUCGUUCGAUGAACCCCACCCCUCUAUGUGUACAUAUAAAUAAAUACAUAUGUAUAUGAACUCUAUUCUUUUACGGCUAUUGCGAAAUUACACGAGGUUACUCGUGGGAUUUUUGCCAAUCGCACGAUAACCAGAUGCGAAACAUUAUGCCAAAUAAAAAGAACGGCGUACGUUCCUUCGAAAACUGACAGAAUGAAUAUCAAUUUUAUAUCGCGAUAUUCAAGAAUAUAAUAAAUUAAUUAAAUUAACGUUCAUCUAUAUUAUUACAUUCGUUAUUAUAGAGCUUUUCACGUGUAUCGCAUAAAAUAAAAAUAUUUUCUAUAAGCUAUUUUUUUGCAUUCCUUUGAUUCCUCCAAAUAACGAUACAUAUUCAUCAUUCUUCAUAUAGAUUUCAUUCUGUAAAAGACAUUUAACAAAAUUUUCUCCAAUAAAAAAAAUAUUAAAAAAAAAAAAAAAACAACAAAUUCGCUUUUAAACGAUGAAAAUGAUAUCACGUGGUCUACGUUGACUAGUAUUAUCAUUUCGACGUAUAGAAAUUCCUUUUGUCCGAAUGUGGAAGCAUAAAUAUUAAGUUUAUCGAAAAGUUCUGUCGCCUGCGUAAUUAAAAAUCUUUUUUUUUUUUUUAUUAUUAUUAAAAAUAAAUGUUUCUUAACGAAAGAAAAAUUAUCAAAAACGAAAGGACAAAACUUGUCGAUAAACUUAAUAGAAGAUUCGAUCCCGAAAUAAAUGAUAAACGAUAAAAUCGGUAUUAUAUUUAUAUUUAUAAAAUUAUUCAUCAUUAGAAAGCACAUAUGAUCUAUCUAUAUGACGUAAUUCGCUACAUACAUGCGCGUACGAGCGCGCAAAUUUUACGACACUCACGCGCACCGGACGCGCCCAUACACUCGCCUCUCAUCUCCAAACACACGUAAGAGGAGACACACGCGCGGCUAUACACACUCACGUACGUACGUACGUAUUUAUAUGUACGUAUUUAUAUAAAUUUAUACGUACGUAUACGUACAUAUGUGUAAAGAUGAGUAUAUGUCUCUUUCUCGCUCGUUCGCUCUCUCUUUCUCUCUCUCUCUCUCUCUCUCUCACACACACACUCUCUUUCUCUCUCUCUCACUCUCUCUCACUCGCUCGCUCGAUCUCGUUUUUUUCUCCCACUCUUUUUUCUUUUUCUAUGUAUGUACGUGUACAUAUUCAGAGUACCUCACGAAUGUGUUUUACAGAGAUUAUAACUUUGUAACUGUUUCGAUUGGAAGAAAAUGCAACGGAGAACGACGCUGAAUGUUCAUCGUAUAGCUCGAAUAAAAUUAUUCUAAGCGCAAUUUGUUUGAUUAAUACAUUAUCCAUAUAACGCAGAUGAAAAAUUUUUAAUUACAUUCAUAUUAAAAGCAAAACAAGCUUGAAAUGUCUAAGAUCGUGUUUACGAGAGAUGAUAUACAUACAAUAUAUUUAUAUAUAUAUAUAUUAUAUAUAUAUAAGAGAAAAGAAAAAAAAUAGAAUCAACAAUCGUAUAUAUUUUUCAUUUUGAGCUCGCGUAUUUUUAAAUCACUUUAAACAUUUGCACAUAACGCCUUAAAUUCCGAAGCAAUUUGUGGCUUUUCUAAAUUCGAUUUUGCCAUUUUUUUAGCAGUAUAUACCACAUUACUUCUUUCUUUCAUAAAAAUAACACGAACCGUAACAAUACAAAUUUAUAAUCGAGAUUUUUUUCGUAAUCUUAAGAAACAUUAGACGAUAAUAAUAAUUCGUGAAAAUACCACAGCAUAAAAAAUUGGAAGUUAUAAACAACUUUUCGUAAUAUAAAAAAAAAAAAGAAAAAAUA